AACCAAAGAAGAAGUAAAACCAAAGAAGAAGAACGCGAACAGGACAUAAACCCGCGAUAUUAGUAGAUGCUAUAUAAUAUGAAAAUGUGUAUUCGUCUGAUUAAUCAUUACUGUAAUCCUUAAUCACCAUUAAACAGUUUUGUUUACAAUGCAAACAGAGACGCAUGCGGCAUUAUACCAUGGAAAAGCACUCUGAAGUUUAACUGUUACAGCCAUCAACUAGUUCGUUGUCUGUGGAAACGCGUCUAAGAGGAUGGAGGAACUGAUGAUGGAGUCACAGUCGGACGACACACCAGGAUCGGGGGCAGAGCCUGGGGUCGCUGACGCCUGGGAAACUGUCGCAGCAGCUUUGGUGUCCCCUGAGUGCUCGGUGUCGGAUCAGAGCCUCUUCGACUCCCUGGCCCUGCUGUGCAGUCAUGGUCUGGGCCAGCUGCUGGGUGGCUGGUUGCUGGAAACGCUGCAGAUGCGUUUGUCUUCAUCUGUGGUGCCAGAGUUCUGGUGUGGACUGAAACAGCCGGAGAACGAGCUGGAGGAGAGAGGCAGGGCCUGGGUUCUCCUCACGGCCUUUCGUACACUGUUGGAUCGUUUGGAACCGUUUCUGGGCGGUUUAGAAAGGCUGGGAAUGUGGCAAACUGAGGGUCGUGGUGAUGUCUCCGGCCCAGGACCCAAUGGUCUCCAAGAGCGGGCCUUUACCGUCAUCCGGGCCCUCCUCCUCUUCUCCCCCUCCCCUGUUCUUCAGGAGCGAGUGCUGGAGUUUUACAGCAGGACUUUCUCUGUCUAUAUGAACCAGGAGGGUGAGGCUGAGGAUGGAGCUGAGGCUGCUGAUGGUCCAGAGGGAGGGCUCUGCCCGGGUUGUGGGGUCAUGACACAGCAGUGCUGGUGUCAGGACGCCCUGCAACAACUACAGGAGCUCAGCCAGAUACUUUCUAAAUUACAGCUGCUGGAGUGGGUCAGCUCAGAGGCUGUUACCUCCAUCCUUCACAAGCUCAUUGAGCAGAGAAUGGAGCAGCACUGCCGGGGCGAGUAUGAACGCUCCUUUCUGCUGGAGUUCCAGAAGUGGCUGGAGCUGGUUCUGGGCUGGCUGAGCAAAGUGUUUGCAAGCAAAGUGGACACAGACGCUUCAGACAGUUUGGUAGCUUCUUCCAGUACUUCCAUUAUCCAGGCCAACCAGUCUGGCAGCUCCAUUCUGAAGCAGUGGAGGUGCCACAUGCACCAGUUUUUCUGCAGGAUCUAUGUCAACAUGAGGAUUGAGGAGCUUUUCAGCAUCAUUAGAGAUUUUCCAGAAUCUAAAGCUGCCAUUGAUGAUCUCAAGUUCUGUUUGGAAAGGACCAACCAGAGACAACAGCUUCUCACUUCCUUAAAAUCUGCUUUUGAAAGCCGCCUGCUACAUCCAGGCGUCCACACAUCUGACAUCCUCACAGUUUACAUCUCAGCCAUUAAAGCUCUCAGAGAGCUGGACCCAUCCAUGGUCAUCCUCCAGGUUGCCUGCCAGCCCAUCCGCAAGUAUCUCAGGACUCGGGAGGACACGGUGAGGCAGAUUGUGGCUGGGCUCACAGGAGAUGCAGAGGGCUGCACUGACUUGGCCUCUGAGCUGUCCAGAGGAGACCCAGUGACUCUGGAGAUGCAGGACAGUGAUGAAGAUGGAAAUGACCCAGAGGACUGGACUCCCGACCCAACGGAUGCCGUCCCAGAUAAAAUAGGCUCCAAACACCGUUCAUCAGACAUCAUCAGUCUGCUGGUCAGUAUCUACGGCAGUAAAGACAUCUUCAUAGACGAGUACAGAGCCGUGCUGGCUGACAGGCUGCUGCACCAGCUCAACUACAACACUGCCAGGGAAAUCCGUAAUGUGGAGCUGCUAAAGCUCAGGUUCGGGGAGUCUCACAUGCACUACUGUGAAGUUAUGCUGAAGGACAUGGCAGACUCUCGGAGGAUCAACAGCAACAUCCGAGAGGAGGAAUCAAAGCUGGGAGAGGAGGAGCAACCGCUGCUGUCUCUGUCGGCCAUUAUUCUGUCAUCGGAGUUCUGGCCUCCGCUCAAAGAGGAGAAACUGGAGCUUCCUCCGCUCGUCUGCCAAGCAAUGGAGGCGUACACUCAUCGCUACGAGAAACUCAAGGCUAUGAGGACUCUGAGCUGGAAGCCUCAUCUGGGUUCUGUCACCCUGGACGUGGAGCUGGAGGAUCGUACUCUCACCAAUCUCACAGUCUCCCCCAUCCACGCAGCCAUCAUCCUACACUUUCAGGAAAAAAAUUCGUGGACGCUGGAAGAGCUGAGUAUGAAGCUGGGGGCGCCCAAGGAGCUGGUGCACAGGAAGGUAGCCCUGUGGCAGCAGCAUGGUGUGUUGAGAGAGGAGGCAGGUGGGCGCUACUACGUGGUGGAGACGGGGUCCUCUAAAGAAAAGAUGGAGAGAGGGGUGAUGCUGAUUGACAGUGACGAGGAGAGAGACUCCAACACCACCACGCAGUCUGAGCAGAGGGAGGAGAAGCUUCAGCUGUUCUGGGCUUACAUCCAGGCAAUGCUGACCAACCUGGACAGCAUGACACUGGAACGAAUCCACUCAAUGCUCCGGAUGUUCGUUGCAACGGGACCCGUCGUCACGGAGAUGGACGUCAACGAGCUGGAAGCCUUCCUGCAGAGGAAGGUCAGGGAACAUCAGCUGUUGGUCUCUGCAGGUGUCUACAGACUCCCCAAGUCCAACUGAGGGAAAACUGGGACAAUAAACAGCUGAAAUGCUGCCUUCAGAUGUGGAAGGCGUGAAUAACUCUCGCGUUAUGCGAGAAGGACUGUCUGCUCGCUCAUGCACCCUGUGUUUCAGGUUCAGUCUGACAUCACACGCAUCUGUAGCUGGAGAUGGACAAGUUCAGUUUCAGAGUGAAGUUUUCAUCAGUGCAGACACCAACUGUGAUAAAAACACUUUAUCAAG